CUGAUUUGAUUCAGCGAACAAUCCGUCAAAAUAAAUGGCUGAAAAAAAAGCAGCAGGCAGCCAAGCUGUUUGCCUGACUGCCUGCUAUGCUGACUCCAUAGAAAAAGCCAUAAAAGCGUACUCAUGUGCUCCAAUAGGUUCUACAAAGCAGUACAUUGUAGUACAAGCUGGGAAAAAUGCCCGCAUUGCUGUACAAAAAGUGCUUGUUUGACUUACACGGUGAAACUGGUUGCCAUACAAAUAAAUAUCGUUGCAUAUUUAAAAAAAAAUGUAUAUAAAAAAUGUAAGCUACAAAAUAUCCACACGUAUACGACCCCUCUUUCAUCAAUUAAUAAAGAAAGAACGUUUGUUAUUUGUCGUCGUGCAGAGAGACAGCUGUCCCGUGGAAGAGAGGCCGAUCCUCUGCGUGGAAUAUUCCAGUCUGUCAGCGGCGCGCAAAGCUCAAUGGCGAAAGAGGAGGGUUUAUUUCCCCUUCUUUUUUAGAUCAAAGGCCUAUAAAUAACCUCAUUGGCGGAUUCUAACGCAAAAUGUUGCUCUUUUGUUACCUACAUGAAAACCGUGUCCUCGGUUUCUCUCCCAUUUCACUGGGCCGGUAGGGGGAGGGGAAGGGAGGGAAUGGAGGGAGAGGAUAAUGCGGUCUGCAGCCUCGUGACCUGCAAAUGGAGGAAUGCGCGCACUUGGCAGCCUGAUCUCGCGGUGGAUAACAAGAAAAACAGGCCUGCGACCGCGCGCCAGGCUACACACGCACACACAAAAAGGAGUGCCUGACGGGCGACAUGUUGUGUCCCACCUUAAAACCGAACAAAAGACUGAACCGCAGCUUUUGAGUUUGUAUUUUCUGAUCUGUAGUACUUCGGGGAAAAAAAACUGGUCCGACUUGACGUUUUUCCUCGAGCCAAAGAACGGCGCGUGACUCUUUCCCCCACAUGCAGAGCAGCGGGGCUGCUGCAGAGGACUUCCCGAUGACCUUAUAUGGCGAUGUGUGUGUGUGUGUGUGGGGGGGGGGUUCGCGCUCUCAUGGCAACCGUCCAGAGAGCUCUCGGAUUACUGCCGUUGCCAGGGCGAGUCAGCCCAGCAACCGACAACCGACUGUUAACGUUUCCUUCCCUUAUUAACGAAAUGUCGACUGUGUGUCUUCCUUUUUUUUCUGUUCUUUUUUUUUUGUUUCCUUUAUCUUUUGCUCCUUGUUAAAACACACCGAUUCGAGCGAAUCGAUCGGCGUAAAAGACUUUGCUGUCGUGUCACCGAGUAAAGCGAGCCUCUCCCAGUUAUGGCGCAGCAACAUUUUACCGCACGGCGCUGCCCUUUGUCUGUAUAGAAGCCAUUUUGAGACAAGAGAACUGCAGAGAAAGCAAAGCAAAAGGGUAGACUGCUAGUCACCAAAAGGGUCUCUUGGAUAAAGGGAAGCAGUGAAAUUUACAAGAUUUCUCCCCAUGAGACUCCUUUUCCUCGUUUUAACACUUGGAUUACAUGUUUUUUGAAUGCAGACUGAGAUGCUCUGCCACUCCUUGUUAAUGCCACUGUUAGAGGAUCCGAAGAUGGAGCUGAAAACAUUCCUCCUGCCCCUGCGUUUAGGCCUGUUAACUGCAUUUCACCAAAGUGCCGAGGUAAAUAUUUUCACCAUAAAAGUUUUCCCUUUUGUGUCCUCUUAGGUUUGACAGUCUAUUUUUAAUGACCGUUGCACAAUGUGAAAGGCUACCUUACUGGGCGUUUUAAGACAUCUAAAUAAGCCCUUGUAACAAGGUCAGGCUGACCAUUACACUGUGGAUGCAUUCGGUUAUUUUAUGGCAAAUGGAAAGCACAAAUGUAAUUGCUCUUUAUAUUGUCCCCACGGUUGUAGGAGGAGUGAUCUACAACACACAAAGCCACCACGGUGUUAAGCAUUGCUGUGUUUAAAGCCAUUAAUCAAAGCAAUUGUGUUAUCAAUCAGCAGCCGAAAGUCCAGGCAGCACAAUCAACUAUUUUGCAAAAGGCCAUUAAUUAUCCAUGGCCUGCUUUGUCAUUUCGAGGAGCAGUGGCAUAUAACCUGGACUGCUCGAUGUAUAUUUACAGGUCUGCAUGCCACUGAACAUAUUAAAUAAAGUCGUCUACUACAAAUGCCAACAUUUCUGUGAUCAAAUAGAUGAUAGCUCAAUAGAUAAAUUAACAGAACAAAACAUUUUUAAUAAAAGUAGCUGCAUGCCUCACAUUUUACAUUUUAAAUAAGCAACAAAUAUACAAUGGAUUAUAAAAGAGAUGAACUUACUCAUUGUUACUCAUAUCCUACAAGGCCAUAUGUGCAAUGCCAACAAUCAGACAUUACUUUAACAGAUGAUUGUCCCCCCUAGUUUUAACAUCUACUAGACCAUACAACUGUUUAUUCAAACAUUUGUUUCUUUUCACUUAAGAAACACAACGACUAUUAUAUGGGUGUGCCAUGACCUAGUUAAGACAAAGAUGGUUUCCAGGCAGAGGAAAAAAGGCUCAAGAUGUCACAGGGUAUUACAUCCAGUACAUUCUCUUCCUUCUUCUCAAUCCUUUAAAAGGAGGAAUCAUAGUGUUUAUCAUAGUCCGUGAGAGACGAGGAAAUCAAGUGUAAAGAUCCCUUUUUGGAACAAAGGAAACCCAUAUAGGCCAUUGAGUCCUGUUUCAGGAAAAUGGCUGCCGGGAGCGCUCGGCCCCCUCUCUCUGCUCUCUGUUGAAGGACUCGUGCGCCGUGCUUCUAAUAGCAGACGGCUCCUCUGCUGCUGCGCUCUGAUUGGCCCGCCGAGCCGCUGCUGUUAACCAGCCAAUUGCCCGAGCACUGCAAAACCCAGGCAAUGUCAAACAGCAAAAAAAAAAUAAAAACAUUUUUUUGAAGACAAUAUAAAAUUCGCAAAUAAAAUUAAGAAUGAGAACAACGCGCAGGGGUUAAGAUUGUGUGAUCAAUAAAAUUUUUUAAAAAAAACUUGAAAGCGGUUUUAAGGCGAGGGGCAAAACAAUGGCUUGGCACUAGUUGUUGGUCUGAUAGAGAAACAAACCGUCGAGAUGCAACGGCUCUUAAAUACAACUGUUUAGCGACCGGGUUUCGCGUUAUAAUCCAUUAAUCUGUUAGUAAUUUCACAUUAGCAGGCAACUAGCUCCAGAGCAGCGGCGUAAUCAUUUGAAUGUUUUGUUAAAAAAAAAAACCUGUAUUAAUUUUUGAACAAAUACAGGUCUGUACAGAAACAAUCUAGCGAAGCGUUUUUAUUAGUCUUUGGGGGCAGUUAAGAAGAUAUUACCUCUGUGUCUUGUGUUUGCCAUUUGGGUAAAUCCAACCGACAGAUUCCACACAAAAUCCUUUAGCUAUUUAUCUACAACAAGCCUUUAACGGUUCUGUAAUAAUCACGCGUGUACACACGAACAUUAUUCCCCGAGUCGCUUAGAACGUUACAGAUGCAUUCGAGGCGAUAGUCUGGUCAAAAAAGCAGCGGAAAUAGAAAACGAGUUUAUAGCGAAAGUGCGGCCAGCGUCGGAGGUGGGCAAGCCUAGCGGUGUAUUGUGGAAGAGACAGAAGCUACAGACCAGAGGCACACAAUAUGUGUUGGCUCUCGCCGAAAAGGAGGCAGUAUUCUUCCAGCUAAAUCAUGUGAAUGUAAGCGGCGACGGGGGAAAGCGAUCUAGUCUUUUUCGUCAAUUAAAGAAGAAUCCCUCGGGCGAUCGGACGAACCAUGUCCAAGCCGGGGGAGAAAAACAGGUUGAACGAAGACCAUGGCAGAAAGCAGAGUUCAAGUCUGGCGAACGGCAUGGACGGCCACCCCGCGUGCGGCUCGGCGGAGAAGCGGAGUCACCACUGGAGAAGUUACAAGUUGAUCAUCGACCCGGCGCUGAAGAAGGGCUCCCACAAACUCUACCGCUACGACGGGCACACUUUCAGCAUGCCGAACCCCGGGAUCUCUCCGGUGGACAUGGUCCGAGACCCGAGGAUCGGUCCUCUCUGGUCCAAGUACAAAGACGUGGACCUACCGGUGCCGACGUUUAAGAUCGACGAGUGUUACAUCGGCCCCGUGCCUCCCAAGGAGGUGACGUUCGCCCGCCUCAACGACAACGUCCGGGAGGGCUUUCUUAAUGACAUGUGCAAAAAAUUUGGCGACAUCGAGCAAGUGGAGAUCUUGUACAAUCCGAAGAACAAGAAGCACCUGGGGAUCGCCAAAGUGGUUUUUGAGAACGUGAAGGCAGCCAAGGUGGCGGUGCAGUCGCUUCACAAGACGUCUGUUAUGGGAAACUUCAUCCACGUGGAGCUGGACCCGAAAGGUGAGAAUCGCCACAGGUACUUCCAGCUCCUGAUGAAUGGCUGCUACACGCCGCAGACCCUGCCUGUAGGCGGGGAGGAGGCCAGGGAGGUGUCCCCUCGGAGCCUGGCAGAAGCCCUACUGGCUUGCGAGCCGAUCCGCAGGCUGUCGGAGAGCGGCGCGUCCGCCGCCGGAGGAGCGCUGCCCGCCGGCAGCUCCACGACGCCCCUGUCCCACGAGACGGGCUACUCCAGCCUGAGGCAGGACACGCCGCUGUCCCAGGGAACCCCUCACACCCCGCGGCAGACCGGCACGCCCUUCUCCCAGGACUCCAAUUUCUCCAGUCGGCAGUCCACGCCGGCGUACCAGCCCAGUCGGGCUGAGAGCGGCAGCAGCGGCGGCGGCGGCAGCGGCGGCGGCGGCAGCGGCGGCGGCAGCGGUGGUGGCAGCGGCAGCGGCAGUUACAAAUCUCGCAGACACGAGAGCAAGUUUCACGACGCGUACAACCGCCGGCCGGAGAGGCCCCAGUACCGCAUCAACAUGUACAGGGGCAGCGCGCCCGAGCAGGCCCCCUUCAAACCCCCUCUCACGCCGCCCGAGCCCCCGCCCACCACGCCUUUCACGUACACGCGCCCCUCCCCGCCCACGCCCAACUUCAAGUCCGCCUUCUCGCCCUACCAGGCGCCUCUGCCCCCCCGCGUUCCCCCCGACAGCCCGCCUUUCCAUCACCCGGCCCAAAGGGAGGGCGAGCACGUCCGGCCGCCGCAGCCGCCUCAGGCCGCGGCCACGGACUUUCUGCCCGCCAAGGACAGACCGGAGACUCCUCCGAUCCCGGAGCCCCCGGAGCCCCCGCCUGAGCCCUCGCCCCAACCGACCACCCCUCCGCCUCAGACGCCGGAGCGCUGCCCCUCGCCCGUCUCGCCCACGCUGGACCUGGAGCGCAACAGCCUGGACUCGCGCAUCGAGAUGCUCCUCAAGGAGAAAAGGACAAAGCUGCUGCCGUUCCUGGAGGAGCGAGACUCUGACGGCGAGGUGCGCAUGGACGGGAGUCCGAUUUCCUCCUCGUCGUCUCAGCUGUCCCCGAUCCCCGCUUACACGGGCGGCUCCCAGGGGGGCCAGCAGAACUCCCGUCCCACCAGCACGGGCUUGGAGGACAUCAGUCCGACCCCGCUGCCGGACUCGGAAGACGAGGAGCCCGUCCCCGGGACGGCCUCGCUGAUGAAGAGAAUCGGCUCCCCUGUCCAGGAGAAGAUGAACAGUGACCUCAAAGAUGGACAUUUUCGAGGCCACACUCCCACGGAUGUCAUUGAAACGGGUCACCAGUCGUCGGGCGAAGACAUGGAAAUCUCCGACGACGAGAUGCCCGGGACGCCGACCAGCGGCGGCGAAUGCGGCAAGGGCAUCGUCAUGAACUCGGCGGUGUCCCCGAUGCAGACCAUUCCCAUCCCCCCGCCGGGCUUCCAUCCCCUCCCGCACCAGGGCGGCUACCAGCUCUCGCACCACCACCACCACCACCACCUGGCCGCUCACUCCGCCGUGACGGGGCACCCGCACCUGGCCGCUCCCCCGGGGGUGCCUCACCACAUGCUGCAGCACAUGGGCCACUACCCUCACGGCAUGAUGCCGCUGGUGCAGAUGGAGCUGAUGAACUGCCUGCGGUGGGAGCAGUGGAGCGCCGUGCCCAUGUCCUUCCAGAUGCAGCAGCAGAUGCUGAGUCGCAUGGCUCAGACCAGAGGUCCCUACCAGUACCCGCAAUUCAUCGACAGCGCCGCGUCCGGGCCCUACCUGGGACCGUACCAGCCCGUGACCAUGGGAGCGACACCCGCCGCCGGCGCAGAGGCACCCGGACAACAGUGGCAGAAUCCCAGCAUGCCAAAGUUCAACCCUACCGUCCCUCCUCCGGGGUACGACACCAAGAAGGAGGACCCCCACAAGGCCACGGUGGAUGGUGUCCUGCUGGUUAUCGUCAAGGAGCUGAAGGCCAUCAUGAAGAGGGACCUCAACCGUAAAAUGGUGGAGGUGGUGGCCUUCAGGGCCUUUGAUGACUGGUGGGAAAAGAAGGAACUCUCGGCAAAGGUGUCUUUGACCCCAGUGAAGGGGGCCGAGGCGAAGGAAGAAGAGCGACCCAAACCCAAAGAGCCGAUGGGCUCCAGCCUGCUGGAGAACUGGAACAAGGGCGAGGGGCUGGGCUACGAGGGAAUGGGCCUGGGAAUCAGCCUGCGAGGGGCCAUCCGCCUGCCCUCCUUCAAGGUGAAAAGGAAGGACCCGCCGGAGGCGGCGGCAGCCGGGGACAACAAGCGAGCGCGACCCUCCACUCCGGUGUACGACGAGGAUGAAGACCGGGAUCGAGACGCGGCGGAGCUCCCGAUGGACGAAUCCAAAAUGGACUCCGACAGCGGGUCGGCGAAGCGACGGCACUCGCGGCCGCUCGAACUGGACAGCGAGGGAGAGGAGGAGCUGGACACCUCAGGAAAGGAAGAGGAGUCGUUGUCCGAUAGGGAGGAGGAGCCCGACAAAACUCCGGCUACAGAGAGGUUGUCGUCGGGCAAAGAGAGUGGCGAUGAGGAGGGUGAUGACGAAGGCUCAUCCAGUGACAGCGCUUCCUCGGAUUCGUCUGAUGACGAAGGGGCGAGCUCUGCUUCCUCCAAAGCCAGCUCGACUUCCUCAUCAGAAAGCGCGGACUCCUCGGAGUACGAGAUGAGCUCGGAAGAGGAGGAGGAAGAAGAGGAAGAGGAAGAAGAAGAGGAAGAGGCCGCCGCAGCAAAAGACGUGGCGGCUCGAGUCAAAGUGGCAGAGACCUCCUCGUCCUCCUCGUCCUCAUCAAUAUGCUCGUCUGAUGAAGACGAAGGGAAGGCCGAGACCACGGCGCCGUGUCCUCCUCCGGGGGCGGUGCCAGAGGACGCGAAGGUCCGAAAGGAGCCGAGCAUCAAACCCAAAUCCAGACCUCCGAGUCCGGAGGCGGAGGCGACGGAGGACCUGAAGCCUCCAUCGCUCAAAGGACUCCCAGUCAAAGAGCGAGACGUCAGUGUCUACGGCGACAUUCCCACGGUGAAGGAGCACGUGACGGCCCUCCGGCCGCCGACGCCCACGGGCGCCCUGCCCGACAGCGACCAGGAGGAGGCGAAAGGUAAAGCCGAGCCCGAGGAAGUUCCCUGCACCCCGGGUCGAUCAGCCCCGUCCCGCGUAGACGCCAGGUCCCCCGUCCCCAAAAGUGUCUCUGCGGCGUUGUUGCACCUCCCUCUCCCUCUCCACCCGUCGGCGGAAGGUCGAUCCCUCCUCCACCCGCCCCCUGCCCCCCUCCUGCCCGACCUCCCCCAGCGGGCGCGGCUGCCCACGGACGAGGACAUCCCCCGCACGCCGGGCCGGGACCUGAUGGAACGCGCCCGGAGUCUGGGCAAGUCCCAGAGCACGGACGCCAUGCCCGUCACGCCCGGCGGCGACGCCCCGCUGACGGGCAGCGGCUUGCUGCUUAUCUCCCCUCACAUCCCCGGUAGCCCCUUUUCGUACCCCACGCAGUCCCCCGUCCUCAGCGCGGGAGUCCCCCGCACUCCGGGACGAGACUUAACCUUCACGCCCGUCUUCCCCGACCCCGCAGCGAUGGCUUUUAAUAGGAAAAUAUCCACCGAGAGCCUGGACUUCAAGGAGCCGCCCGUCAGCACGGCGCCGGCCGCAGCCGAGACGUCGGCCAGCGUCCCCGAAGAUCUGCCCGUGGACGUCCCCGUGCCGUCGGACACCGCCCCGUCCAAGAGGAAACCCGGGCGGCCCAAAGGCAAAAAGGCGGCGUCGCCCGAGGCCGCCCUGCCGCCUCACCACGCGCAACUCGCCGGCCUUUCCGCGCAGACCCUCUCGGCCAAGACCCCCCACCGCGGGAGCCCGGACUUCAGGGAAGGAGAGGAGGACGGCUUCCUGUCCUACGAGGAUGAGGCGCCCGUGGCCACGAAGCCCGCGCGGCGGCCACGGCGAGGCUGGGAGGAGCUGCUGCUGGACGGCCUGUCCCCCGUCACCUCGCCCCCCCGGCCGUACUUCAAGCCGCGCUUCGAGUUCGAGGAGAUGACCAUACUGUACGACAUCUGGAACGAAGGCAUAGACGAGGAAGACAUACGGCUCCUGCAGGUCACCUACGACAAGAUGCUGCAGCAGGAUAACGGCAACGACUGGCUCAACGACACGCUGUGGGUCAACCAUCCCGCUACCAACAUCCCGAGAGUGAAGAAGAAGAGGAGAGACGACGGCAUGCGAGAUCACAUGACUGGCUGCGCGCGAAGCGAGGGUUACUACAAGAUCGACAAGAAGGAUAAGAUCAAGUACCUCCAGAGCACCAAGCUGCAUUUGGAGGAGCCGCCGGUCGACACCCAGGGUAUGAGUAUUCCUGCACAGGUGCACGCCUCCACGAGAUCGGGGUCGGAGCGGCGGUCGGAGCAGCGGCGCUUGUUGUCCUCGUUUGCAUGCGACAGCGACCUGCUGAAGUUCAACCAGCUGAAGUUCCGCAAGAAAAGGAUCCGAUUCUGCAAGUCGCACAUCCACGACUGGGGGCUGUUCGCCAUGGAGCCCAUCGCCGCGGACGAGAUGGUGAUCGAGUACGUGGGGCAAAACAUCAGACAGGUGAUCGCCGACAUGCGGGAGAAGCGCUACGAGGAGGAGGGCAUCGGCAGCAGCUACAUGUUCCGCGUCGACCACGACACCAUCAUCGACGCCACCAAGUGCGGCAACUUCGCCCGUUUCAUCAACCACAGCUGCAACCCCAACUGUUAUGCGAAGGUCAUCACGGUGGAGUCCCAGAAGAAGAUCGUCAUCUACUCCAGACAGCCCAUCAACGUCAACGAGGAGAUCACCUACGACUACAAGUUCCCCAUCGAGGACGAGAAGAUCCCCUGCCUGUGUGGGGCGGAGAACUGCAGGGGAACCCUGAAUUAGGCUUCUCCUCUGGGCCGGUUUCUUUUUUUUAACAUUUCACUGAAGUCGAGACGAACGGACGCGGCGAAGACGAGCCGUUUGCGGUCGAGGAGGAGGAAGGUCGUCGCACACACACACACACACACACAACUCUAGAUUGUUUACGUUUCAUGGUGCUCUUGAAAUACAAAAAAAACACAUUGUUUUUUUGUUUUUUGUUGCCACUUGAACUCGCUGGUGCAGCUUUCGCCCUCUCAGCUCGGACAGUAUUUCAGCGCCUGGUUUGUACAGUUUUUACACAAAUCUCGUUUUGGUCUCAUAAGCUUUCCGAACGCCACAGCGUCGGUACAAACGACGCCGCCGACGCACGUUCAACCUGUUUAGCGACACCGCUGAGAUGCACAAGCAAGGAGGCCGCUGGAGGAGACGAGGUCGGGCCUCGUCCUCGCUGCUGCUACCUCCUCCUCCCACGCAGCGGCUCCUCUCGGGCGUGGCGAGAGGGGCGGGGGUGUUGGCGCAACAGAAAUCUGGAAUAUUUGCAAAUCACCGCCCCGCGUUCACCAGCCAACGAUGGAUCACGCUGCUUCCUAUUUAUGCAAAAAAAGUUCUAGUCGCCGUGCCGGAAUUUGUAUUACUGACGGUCCAGUGUUUUCCACUUUUGUUUUGGGUCCUUUCUUCAAAGACGUCUACUGCGUGCGCGUGAGGUAGGAUCGUCGCGCCGAGCAACAAAGGGAUCAUUUGAAUCGAUUCCCGCGGGGCAGCGUUUGAAAAAUUCUUCCUAAAAUCAAGUUCUCCGCUCCUGAAGAAAUACCGUGUCCUUCCCAUCAUGCCAUAUGAAUGUGAAACUGUCUUCGUUUGGACCCGCGCAGGCGGCUGCCGGGCAUGGAGGUGGGUUUUUGUGUCGCCUAGUGCUGUGUGAACACGCGUGUGCAGAGGAUCGCCGCCUGUUUGUUUUCCUUUUGUUUUUGUUUUGCUCGGACGGCGUCCUCCGUAGCCGAGACGAGCGUCUCGUGUGUCUUUGUGUGCAACACUCACUACUCUUCCAGUGUUCAACGUCUCCGGAGACGCCGAGGUGUUAUCAGAACCCUCUACGUGAUCUCAUUCAGCAAAACGAAAGAGUUGUAAAUGCACUCGAGAGCUGCACUUCUGGUUUACGCCCCCCCCCCCCUUCCAAGACCAAGUUACUCACUGCUUUUCAUUCAGCUGAAUCGAUUAACGAUAAAGGAGGAUUUUUUUUUUUGUCCACCUGUGAUGUUUAUAUUGUAUGAUAUCUUGUACAGAAGAUCUAAAGCUUUUUCUUUUUUAUAUCUUCAUAAGUGGAACACUUUUAAGAUGCAUCUUGCUCUCAUUUUCUUUCUUUUUUAACAAAAGACUGAGUAUUUAAAAGUAUUUUUCAGGGACCUGUAAAAGGAAACUGAAAGUUUAAAAGGGUUGAAUAUUUAAAGAAAAAGGCCCACUGUGUACAGGAGAAGUCUCCACCUCCCUUUUUGAAAGAUUGUUUCUUGUAGAAACGUCUUCAUUUUCUGCCCAAUUGCUUUGUAAUCCUAAAAUGUGUACAUACGGUAGCUGUGAAUACUAUAUGAAAAUAUAUAUAUAUAUAUAUAUUUUUGUUCCCUUGGGAUUUGCUACAUUAACACAGCUCGGAGAUGGAUGUAACAUAAUGAGGUGAGCGACGAGCUGGUAGCAGGAUAUUCAGCUUGUGUCAAGCUUAUUGUUUUUGUUUUGUUUUUUGUUGUAAAUUCUAUGAAAAGUUGUUUGCGGUGCGGAGAGAAAAAAACCCCCGAAAAGGUGCAGAAUCGACAUGCGAAGAGGAUUGAAGCAUCAGCCCGUUUCUCGUGUCUAUUUAUUACACAACAAACGUAUGAAAAAGGAACAAUUGGAAAUAAAGCAAUUUUGCAUACAUC